UAUAAAAAUAGGGCGAACAAAAUAAAUGGCGAAAAGGCCAAAAACGUUAAAACUGAGAAAACAACUCUAAAAAUUGUUACAUAUGAUGAAAAAGAAAGCCCUAUCUACUACUGUAGCAUUGAAUAGUAUGUGUAGAUCAUGUCUUUCAGAAAAAGGUCAUCUGAAACACAUAUUUUCAUCAAGCAUUUCAAAAAUGAUAGAAUUUUGCAUGUCAACAUCGGUAAAUGAAAACGAUAAAUUACCCAAUCAAAUUUGCGUUUCAUGUUAUCAUUAUAUUGCAAAAUUUUAUUACUUUAAAAGAAGAUUUGAAAAGGUGGACAGAUUUUUAAAAAGAUGUGUGAAAAAGGUAACUGAAGAAUUAAAACAUAGUAAUGAAAUUUAUUCUGAAGGUGAUGAAAUCAAUGAUGAAAUAAAAAGUGAGAUAAAGUGGUUUAAUAAAAUUAAUGAUUUUGAUAAAAAUAAAAAGAGUAGUGUUGCAGAAACUGACAGAGAUUCUGCAAACAAUGAUGAUGCACCUUUACCAAUCACCCAGAUUCAAAAUGAUAAAAGCAAACUCAAGAAUAAUACUAUCAUCGAAAUAGAAACUGAUAAUAAAUUGAAAACAAGUGAUGCAUGUAAUUCUGAGGAUGCUGGUCUAGAAAUUGCAGGAGAGGUUAUUAUUCCAAGUGAUCCUCCCCCUUUGGUAUUACUACCACCAAAAGUCAAUCAAGCAUCAUCUCCUUCCUUUGAAAAUAAAUCCAGAAAACUUCCAAAAGAUCCACCACCUCUUGCACUCCUCACCUCCACAUUACCAAUACAGCCUAAAUCAAUUGAAAUACCUCUGCAAUGCAGUAUCUGUUCAGAAACAUUUGCUAACCCAGAUGAACUUAAACAGCACCGUAUAAACGCCUGUCAGUCAGCUAUGUUAUAUUGCAAUGUAUGCAAAAAGCCAUUUACCGAUCGUAAACGUCUUAUUGGUCAUCUAAAAGGUCAUAUAAUAAGCAAGGACUAUGAAUGCAAACUUUGCCACAAAAGAUAUCCAAAUCCAAGUACAUUCCGUGUACACUUUCGAAGUCAUACCGGCGAACGCCCCUUUAAAUGUCAAAUUUGUGGAAAAGGCUUUGCACGAUAUGCCGGAGUUAUUGGGCACAUGCGUAUUCACAGCUCCGAAAAACCGUAUCAGUGUAGUAUUUGUGAGCGGAGCUUUAAAGUACCAUCUAAUCUUGAACGACACAAGACGAUUCACAUGAGAGACAUGCCUUUUUGUUGCAAUUAUUGCGGAAAAACUUUUAAUCAGUUAAAUAAUCUUGAACUGCAUAUUCGCAGUUGCCAUACAAAUGAAAGACCGUAUUUGUGCAGCGCAUGUGGAAAAGGAUUUGUCAGCUCAAACAGGCUUAAUCGACAUAUGUGGGUGCAUACUGGUUAUAAACCAUACAAAUGCAAAUAUUGCACCAAAGCUUACACCAAUUCUAACGAUUUGAAGAAUCAUCAAAAGAGUCACGCGGGCGGUGUUUCCCCUGAUGACAAGCCUUUUGCAUGUAGUCAAUGCAACUUGCGUUUUUUUCAUAAGUGCCGUCUUUUAAAACAUAUGAAAGUGCAUGACAAACGUUUUGCGUGUACCGAUUGUUUUAAAGUUUUUAGUUCAGAAGCAUUAUUAAAGAGACAUAAAGGUAAACACAAAAAGGCUGUAGAGAAUAAUGAAAAAAGUACAACAAAUUAUCCAGUGCUAAUGUUUAUGGUAGAAUAGAUUUUGUAAUUUUAUUGUCGCUGUUAUAUUUUAUAUAACUCUAAUUUAUAGUUCUGAUACUGUAUAAUUAUAACAUCUAGUACUAAGAAAAGAAAACAUGCAGUGGCGUAUAAUGUUCUUCACAUUUUAAAAUUUAAAACUGAUAUAGUUCUUGAUAAGUAAUUAAAAUUGUGAUGCAGAAUAA